GCAGGGCUGGCACCCUUGGCGUGACACACUGUUAACCGACACUAUCUACUUGCUACUACUCUGCAUCCUCUCCUCUCCCUCCCCAUCCUCUAUCUCCAUCUCCAUCUCCCUGGCAAUGGCGUCCGCCUCCAGCACUCCCCCUCUCCUCCUCUUGGUCGCGGUGGCCCUGGCGGUGGCGACGGCGGCCGUGGACGCGCAUCAUCCGGCUCCGGGUGGCGAUGAUGACGAUCGUCAGCUCACGCCUCUCCUCCUCGCCCUCGCCGUCGUCGCCCUCCUCGUGGCCACCGUCGACGCGCAGCAGGCCACCGACGGUUUCUCCUCGGCGGCGGGCGGCGGUGGGAGGACGCUGCUGGCCAUAGACUGCCCCAAGGCGUGCGAGGCGCGGUGCGGGAAGAACUGGAAGAACGAGAUGUGCAACAAGAUGUGCAACAUCUGCUGCGGCAAGUGCAGCUGCGUCCCCUCCGGCACCGGCCAGGACACCCGCAACGAGUGCCCCUGCUACGCCAACAUGAAGAACACCAAGAACGGCAAGCCCAAAUGCCCCUAAACCUAAGCUAAACUAAACUAGCCAAGGCAAGCAUGCAAGGCGGGCUAAAAAUUAUGAUCCCAUCCAUCAAUAAUCUCCGCCGCUCGACGCUCGUGUUCAUCUUAGCCUGCCAUUUCCCUUUCCUUUUGUUGUGGAUCAUAUAGAAUCGUGUAUGCUAAUGUGCUAAUACUGUUAGUAUAAGCUGUUUAGGUCCUACUCCUAAUGAAGGGAGGAGGAGGUCAAAGAGAGGUAGACCUAAGCUCCAUCUUCUCCUCUCUUAUGUACUCAUCGUCCAUUAUGUAUCUGUAUUGCAAAAUAUCUAGUGUUGGAAGCAGUCUGGUUGGAAGAGUA